CUGCAGAAAUGCCCUCGGGCCAGAGUCCUGCAAUCCGGAAAUCCACCCGCCAGCAUUCUUUCUUAUGUGGACCAUGAUUAACAUCGCAAGGAUGUGCAGCAUGUAUCUCUGGGACAGACACGAUAUACGUGGAGCCGUCAUACUCCAGUGGAACCAACCAAUCCUCAGCUUCAUCAUGCUCUUCAUGUCCUACUCGAACCUCAACAAACACAAAGCCAGGCUCGCCAUCAACAACCCUCGUGUGAUCUUGUGGACUCGUUACCUGACCCAGAACGGCUUGGCAGUGUUUGCCUGGUGGUCUCUCUUGAAUGCGAUGCUGGGUUUCGGCGUCUUGCUCAAGUAUGAUGCUGGUAUGCCGGACCCUCUGGUCAGCACCGUCGUCCUCACCAUAGUCUCCCUUUUCACGAUAAUCUGGUUCAUCCUCCAGAGCUUCCUGUUAACCAAGUACAUGCGCUACACACUCAGUGUUUACACCAUUCUCAUUCUGGGCCUGGGUGCAAUGUUCACCAGAAGCUAUCGUUUCAAUGACCUCGCAGGCAAACACAGUCUAUUGUGGGUUCCUCAUGCUUCUCAUGACCUCCAUGAGCUUGAUCCAUUUGAUUUCUGCAUGUUUGCACACGGAGAAGCCGAGGAAACCUGUUGCCAUGGAGCCCCGUGUGACAUUUGAAGGACGUGAGACGGUGUGGCACACAGACCUCAGAAGUGACGACAUCAAGAAAGAUUUAUACUAAAUCUGAGUUCAUGUGGUAAAAGGAAACAAUUAAAUAAAGCAACAUAUGUAUCAGGCAAGUGUGCACUUUACAUAAAUCACCAAAAGGGGACAGCACAUGCUCACUUCACAGGGAGGACGUGAAGCGAUUAACAUCGCUCUGCUGUACCAGAAGA